CGCGGGCGGGCCCGGCGGGAGGGGCGGGGCCGCGUAGUGUUUGGGGCGGUGGGGCCGCCCCCCGCUGGCUCAAGGUGCCGCCGCGCAGGAUGGACCCGGGUCCCGCGGAGCCGUGCAGCUCCGCCGAGGAGCCGUGCACCUCUGCCGCUGCGGCCUCUGCGCAGGAGCCCAGCGCCGAGGAGAAAAAUGAUCCCCCGUUUCAACUCAAACUUCCUCCAAAGGCAGCUAGACCUGAAAAAGAAGUCGACCCAGAAUAUGAAGAGAAGAUGAAAGCAGAUCGAGCAAAAAGAUUUGAAUUCCUCCUGAAGCAGACAGAACUUUUUGCACAUUUUAUUCAGCCUGCAGCACAAAAAUCACCCACAUCUCCAUUGAAAGUCAAGUUGGGACGGCCACGGAUGAAGAAAGAUGAAAAACAGACUUUGAUUUCAGCUGGGGAUUAUCGCCACAGGCGCACAGAACAAGAAGAAGAUGAAGAACUGUUGUCAGAGAGUCGAAAAACAUCUAAUGUGUGUAUUCGAUUUGAGGAGUCUCCUUCAUAUGUGAAAGGAGGAACACUAAGAGAUUAUCAGGUUAGAGGUUUGAACUGGAUGAUCUCAUUGUAUGAAAAUGGUGUUAAUGGCAUUCUGGCAGAUGAAAUGGGUCUUGGUAAGACUCUGCAAACAAUAGCGUUGUUAGGCUAUCUGAAGCAUUACCGAAACAUUCCUGGGCCUCACAUGGUCCUGGUUCCAAAAUCGACUUUGCACAAUUGGAUGAAUGAAUUCAAACGCUGGGUUCCAUCACUACGUGCCGUUUGCCUUAUUGGAGAUAAAGAUGCCAGAGCUGCUUUUAUCCGUGAUGUUAUGAUGCCUGGUGAAUGGGAUGUUUGUGUUACAUCAUAUGAAAUGGUAAUCAAAGAGAAAUCAGUCUUCAAAAAAUUUAACUGGAGAUACCUGGUAAUUGAUGAAGCUCACAGAAUAAAGAAUGAGAAGUCUAAGCUGUCAGAGAUCGUACGGGAGUUCAAGACGACAAAUCGGUUGCUGCUUACAGGAACUCCUUUACAGAAUAACCUCCACGAGCUGUGGGCAUUGCUCAAUUUUCUUUUACCUGAUGUCUUCAAUUCUGCAGAUGAUUUUGACUCAUGGUUUGACACUAAGAAUUGUCUGGGUGAUCAGAAACUUGUAGAAAGACUUCAUGCUGUUUUGAAGCCAUUUUUAUUACGUCGCAUAAAAGCUGAAGUAGAAAAGAGUUUGCCUCCAAAGAAGGAAGUAAAAAUUUAUCUUGGGCUCAGCAAAAUGCAGAGGGAAUGGUACACAAGGAUCCUGAUGAAAGAUAUUGAUAUCCUCAAUUCAGCUGGGAAAAUGGAUAAGAUGCGUCUGCUGAAUAUUCUGAUGCAGCUGCGGAAAUGCUGUAACCACCCAUACCUGUUUGAUGGUGCUGAGCCGGGCCCUCCUUACACCACUGACACGCAUCUCAUCACCAACAGUGGAAAAAUGUUGGUGCUGGACAAACUGCUUGCAAAACUCAGAGAGCAAGGUUCCAGAGUUCUACUUUUUAGUCAGAUGACUCGCUUACUGGAUAUUUUGGAAGACUAUUGCAUGUGGCGUGGGUACGAAUACUGCCGACUGGAUGGACAGACGCCACACGAAGAAAGAGAGGAAGCAAUAGACACAUUUAAUGCUCCCAACAGCAGUAAAUUUAUUUUCAUGCUGAGUACCAGAGCUGGAGGUCUUGGAAUCAAUUUGGCAACGGCUGAUGUGGUUAUUCUCUAUGAUUCAGAUUGGAACCCUCAAGUAGAUCUGCAAGCCAUGGAUCGUGCGCAUCGUAUUGGUCAAAAGAAACCAGUACGGGUGUUUCGACUAAUCACUGAUAAUACUGUUGAAGAGAGGAUUGUAGAAAGAGCUGAAAUAAAACUGAGACUGGACUCUAUAGUUAUACAACAAGGAAGGCUCAUAGACCAACAGUCUAACAAACUGGCAAAAGAUGAAAUGUUGCAGAUGAUCCGGCAUGGAGCCACGCAUGUUUUUGCUUCUAAAGACAGUGAGCUGACAGAAGAAGAUAUAACCACUAUUUUAGAACGAGGUGAAAAGAAGACAGCUGAAAUGAAUGAGCGAUUGCAGAAGAUGGGGGAGAGCUCCUUACGAAAUUUCACCAUGGACACAGAAAUGAGCUUAUACAACUUUGAAGGUGAAGAUUAUAGAGAAAAACAAAAGCUGAGCAUGAUGGAAUGGAUAGAGCCUCCAAAACGAGAACGCAAAGCUAAUUACGCAGUUGAUGCUUAUUUUAGAGAAGCCCUGCGUGUUAGUGAGCCCAAAGUGCCAAAGGCUCCACGACCUCCAAAACAACCAAAUAUUCAGGAUUUCCAGUUUUUCCCACCACGGUUAUUUGAACUUCUGGAAAAAGAAAUUCUGUAUUAUCGUAAGACUAUAGGAUAUAAGGUCCCCAGGAAUCCUGACCUCCCGAAUGCAGCUCAGGUACAAAAAGAGGAGCAAAAGAAGAUAGAUGAGUCUAUGCCUCUGAAUACUGAGGAAACUGAAGAGAAGGAAAAGCUUCUAACACAGGGUUUUACAAACUGGAAUAAAAGAGAUUUUAACCAGUUUAUUAAAGCUAAUGAGAAAUACGGUCGUGACGAUAUAGACAAUAUUGCCCGAGAGGUGGAGGGAAAGUCACCUGAGGAGGUCAUUGAAUAUUCAGCUGUUUUUUGGGAACGUUGUAAUGAACUACAGGACAUUGAGAGGAUUAUGGCUCAAAUUGAACGAGGGGAGGCAAGAAUUCAACGGAGGAUCAGUAUCAAGAAAGCCCUUGAUGCCAAAAUUGCACGGUAUAAAGCACCUUUUCAUCAGUUACGUAUUCAGUAUGGAACAAACAAAGGGAAAAAUUACACAGAAGAGGAAGACAGAUUUUUGAUAUGCAUGUUACACAAGAUGGGCUUUGACAAGGAAAACGUGUACGAGGAGCUGCGGCAGUGUGUGCGCAACGCUCCUCAGUUCAGAUUCGACUGGUUCAUCAAAUCUAGAACUGCCAUGGAGUUUCAGAGACGCUGCAAUACUCUCAUAUCAUUAAUAGAAAAAGAAAAUAUGGAAAUUGAGGAAAAAGAAAGAGCUGAAAAGAAGAAAAGAGGAGCAAAAGUCACAGCAUCACAGAAGAGAAAAGCAGAUUUGGCCACUGAGAACUCUGGAAAAAAAGAUGCUAAGAAAGUAAAGUCGUGAACCUGAAAACGGAAUGCUGACUGUAAAACUGCCACUUUCUUCUCUCCAUCUUCAAGUAUUAAUUGCCAACUUCUUUGUAUUCAUGGUACUCUUCCCUAAACCCCAUGGUCGAAUUUUGCAAAUUUUGUAUACUUUACAAUGUCUUUCUUUACCGAAAAUAUGUAGCUUUAUAUCUUAUGCAUUCCAGUAUUUUUGUGUACCGUAUUUUGUGAGUUUCACGUCUUCAGCAAAAUUCACUCAGUCCUUGUUUUUUUGAAGCUUGUGCUGAGGUUUUAGCUUUUAUAUGUUUUAUAUGCUGCUGCUUUGAAAGAAAACCUAGAUUCUAUAGCUGUAUUAUUGUUGGUUCAUAUUUUAAAUUUAUAUGGCGGCUGAAAAAUAAACUGACUUAAUGAUUUGAAGAGAAAUAUACUUCACCUUUGUUUUCCCCACCCUCUCUCCCUUCUUUGCGUAGCUACAUUGAGAGUGAACGUUAAGGUUUGUAUAAUUGUGCCUUCAUCAUUGAUCAGAUUUUGUUUUCCAGAGGAGUGCUUGAUAGAAUCAGGAGCAUGACAGAACAAAAAAAUGUAAUUAGACUGGCAUCCUUGUUUGCUGUCAGCAUUCAAUUGACAUUUUUCUCUGAAAUGUUUGGAAGGAAAGCCAGCAAAUAACUAUUAUUAUUCUUUUUUUAUCACUGGUUUCUGCUGGGCUUCCUACACGCUUAUACACAAGGUGAGGUGUUUUUCAGAAUGGUCUCUAGAUGAAAACGUUUCUAUGCCUAAUAAACUGAAGUAGUCAGCUAACAGCUUUUUUAAAUAACACGCAAAAUAACUCCUCUUGUGUUUGGUGGGCCGCUCGGCUGUGCUGCCUUGUGCUGCAAGACCUUUGUUGCUCUAAUGAUCUCUGCUGACUUUCUGCUUUUACCUUUGAUUCGCUGUGUCAGUCGGAAAAAAUGGGGAUAUGUUACGGAGUGCUCCUUUUUAGUAUUGCUAUUUUAAUGAAGGGAUGAAAGUGUUGGAUGUAUGAUUUUUUUGACUUUGCAAGAAUGGCCUUUUUUAAGCAGGUUCAUAGUUUCCGCUCACCUUGGAGUCUCUGCCUUUCCCAGAUCAGUAGAACAGUGAGUGUGACAUCUAAUGUUUUACUUUAAUCUUGUGUCUCUCAUCGGCUGUUUGGUAUGGACCUUGCUGCAGUGAGACAUGCCCUCGUCGUGUCAAGCCUAGAUUAAUGCAGUGUGCUUUAUGUGCUGCUUCCCUUGAAGGCUACUUGUAAAUGUCUUCUAGUGCAGUUUGCUUCCUUCUGCGGCUUGAGUUGUUUUGAGAUGAAAAAAAUCUCUUCAAACUCUUUGUAUUUCAUGCUUUGCAUCGGCUGCCUUCUGUAUUUAUAAAAUUUAGGACUUUUUAUAAUGUUCUUGAGUCUUAGGAUGGAGUUCUGCCUGUAUUCUUUUCUGUCAUUUAAAAUAUAUUGGAAUGUCUUUGGAGUUUUCUGGGAUUAAUCUCUGUAAGCUCAAUGAAUAAUUUUGAAUCUUUCUUGAUAGUGUUUAAGAUUUAGGGCAAAAUGGGUGUGUGACAUGCUUGAGCAUUUUGGAAGAUCAGUAAUUUGAUUUGAUAUUUUGGAAUGGAGCUGUUGUUUGAGGACCAGGUUGUUAAUUAUUUUGCUGGGCUUUUGUUUGUAAGACUUGUACUUUGAAAAAGGUUGAGAUUCAUCUGACUUGAGAGCUACAUCUAAUAAUGGUGGGGCAUGGUUUUCAGACAGAAGAUUAGCGAUGGGUGUCAAUGCGUGCUUUUAAGUGAAAGUGCAGCCCAGAUGGGAUAGGUCUGCUCAGAAAAGAAUCUGUCUUUUCAAAAAAUAUUUUUGGUAAUGGCGCAGUUGACAUCCUGAUUUAUCCUGGGGACAAGGACAUCCCAUGUAAUUAUGGGCUGGAAGAAGGCUGUGCAGCAUAAUCACAAAUCCCUGGAGCAUUGCUAUUAAGAGAGAGAGGAAGAUGCUUUAUUUACAUGUGCUUUUUGGCUCCCAUGUAAAUUUAUGGCCCAAAACUGUUAAGUACAAUGAGGAGGGGAAAAAAAGGCAGGAACAGCCAGUUGAAUUUUUAUUGAAUUACAUGGCUAGGUCUAGACCUUAUUCUAGUGCUUCUGUUUAGCUUUAGGUGAAUGUUAAUGUUUUAAGUCUUGAAGUAAGUGUACUCUGGUUUUGUUUAUUGUAGAUUAGUUUGGUUUGACUUGCAUGUUUUUGUUUAUUCUGUUUCUCUGUGUUACAAAGUGUAUGGAAAGUCUUCAAAUGGUAAUAUCUCAACUUGUUCUUUCAUGUAGAUUUCCUGAGUUACCACUUGAGUUAAUGUUCACUUUUCUCCUCCUUCAAUGACAUGAUAUACUAGCUACACAGCAAAAGAUCAUGCAGUUGUUCUUCCAGAUAUUAUCCUCUUGAUCAGACAGCUUCUCUGAAGAAUGACAGAUGCUCCCAGGAACUAUCUGUUCUCUCUUACAGCCUGUAGUUCCCAGUUAAACUGAAUGUGCUGUUGAACAACAGUCCUUGAGAGCACUUGUACCCUCUAUACUAGUUCCUCAGCAUAUUGGGUCUUCUCAUCCAUCACAUCCCACAGUGAUAACUAAAGAAAAUUGUGAACAGCUGCUGGUCAGGGUUAAAGUAAAAUGGAUCUUUCUUUUCCUUUUUUGUUCUUCUAGUUGCAGAUACACAGUAUGUGCCUAGCAGUAUCUAACUUAUAUGCUGCUGUGACUCAAAAUUAGGUGGACUGAAGUAAAGAAACCUUCCUCUUUUUUAACUACUGUUUUCUUAGGUGAGGAAUCCUGUUUGUAAGAAGUUUGUAAGCACUGAAUAUAAUGUUAUACAAAACUUAUGAAAAGUCUGGGCCUUUAGGCAAUGUGGUAGUUGCCAAAAAAUGGCAUAAUAUAAAAUUUAGAAAAUAAUUUGUUUCCUUUGCAUAGACACCUAAAAUUUGAUUGUGUUAGCAUUAGGGUUGAAGAAAGACAAAGCUGUCACUGGCACCUUCAUGCACUGGGCAGUGCACAGAACGUCCUGGGAGAGGUCACAACAGUUGUUGUGUUCUUUUUCUUUUCACAUAUUCAUUAGUUUCGAAUUAUCAGUUAGUGGUGACAAUAAAAAAAGUCACACAGCUGACCGUCCUCAUUACGUCUAAUUUCAAAUGACUAUAAUGACAUAAGGAAUGAAGCUUUAUCCCUGCUGGUAAUACUACACCAUCCUUAGAUACUCUGCAUAGGUAGCAUUACUGUACUGAAAUACCAAGUAAGAAUUUUUUUCUUGUAGAUUAGCAUUGCUUGUUUGAUUUAGUGCUAGUGCCUGGUUAUGGUUUAACAAAAAAACCAAACCCAACUUUCAUUCUUUGAGAUCAUAAGCAAGGGGUGCAGUAUAUGGAAAUGAAUCAGAACCUUUCUAGGUGCCUGGUGGAAGUAACUUGUGUUGUGCAGCGUCAGCAGUUGUGCUGUGGUGCCGGCGCUCCCCGCGCACGCCUCUUCCUCUGCCUCAGCGAGGGGAUUUAGGACGUUCGGUGGUCGCACAUCAAUGCCAAAGCUGAAAAAUGUGAGCCUUACAGGUUGGAAAAGCGUAUGGAAUUUUGCAGUCGGCAGCGAUCUAUGUGGAUGUAAAAUGAUGUGCUUGGUUUAGACGUGGGCCCUUGUGACGUUGGAAGGAUUGUUCACUGCCUAGUUCUGAUCUGGUUAAGAUAAUUUGACAGUUGUUACGUUUUACUUAAGUUUAUCUAGUCCGUGUACUUAGCUUGAAGCAUGCAUGUAAAUGCUUUGGUGGGUCACAGUUACAAUGUUUGAUAUGUUCUUUUUCUGAAAGAGUUAAAGUUGAACUUGGUUUGCAUAUUUUGAAAUGCAUUGUACUUUUUAAUUCCAUUUGCAUGAUAUCCAUCCUUUCAUAAGAGCCUUAAUAGGAGUAAUAUUUGCUGCCUCAAAGGUAUGUCUACAUUGUGUUGUUGAAAGAUAACUUCUGAACUUUUAAAAACUGACAUUUGUUUAUUAAGUUGUACAUAUAUGAAAAUAAAAAUUAAUAUGAACCUGACGUAUUCUGGUAAUUACACUUCUGGCACAGAUGGGCCCAUGCACUUGGGGACUGUUCAGAAUAAUCUGACUUGUUUUUGUUGCUCUUAUUCCUCUCUAACCUUCAAGCUGUGGUAGCUGAAUGUAAGGGGGUGUGUGCCUGUUCCAUAUCUGCUUUCAAACUUUCUAAUUAUCUGUAAUCUAAAAUAAAGUACUAGUAGUGCCUGUAUUUUUAUGACAGCCUUGCCUGUGUUGUCUCUUAGUAUGGUAUGAUACAGUGUAUGUUGAUCAUGUAUUAAAGUAUAUUACUGUUUUUCUGUUAUUCUA